AUGAGCAAAUCUCAAUUACCUUUAACUGUUAAGCUUACUUUACCAACCGGUGUCACUUACGAACAACCAGUCGGGUUAUUCAUCAAUAACGAAUUCGUCUACCCAAAGCAAAAGAAGACAUUUGAAGUUGUGUCUCCAUCCACCGAAGAAGUGAUUACUGAAGUUUACGAAGCUCUCCAAGAAGAUGUUGAAACUGCUGUUGUUGCUGCUGAAGAAGCAUACAAGUCCAGCUGGUCCACUGGUCCUCCAACCGUCAGAAUGAGUGUCUUAUUGAAAUUGGCUGAUUUGAUUGAAGCUGAUGCUGAAAUUAUUGCUGCCAUUGAAUCAUACGACAAUGGUAAGUCUUUGCAAAAUGCCCGUGGAGAUGUCGCUUUGACUGCUGCUUACUUCAGAUCUUGUGCUGGUUGGGCUGACAAGUUUAUGGGUACUGUUAUCGAAACUGGUGACACCCAUUUCAACUACACUAGAAGAGAACCAAUUGGUGUCUGUGGGCAAAUUAUUCCAUGGAACUUCCCAUUAUUGAUGGCUUCUUGGAAGUUGGGUCCAGUUAUCGCUACUGGUUGUACUACUGUUUUGAAGACUGCUGAAUCUACCCCAUUAUCUGCUUUAUAUUUGGCUACUUUGUUGGUUAAGGCUGGUUUACCAAAGGGUGCCGUCAACAUUAUCAGUGGUUUCGGUCCAACUGCCGGUUCUGCCAUUGCUUCUCAUCCAAGAAUUAAUAAGGUUGCCUUCACUGGUUCCACCGCUACUGGUAGAAUUAUCAUGAAGGCUGCUGCUGAUUCCAACUUGAAGAAGGUCACUUUGGAAUUAGGUGGUAAGUCUCCAAAUAUCGUUUUCAAUGAUGCUGACUUGGAUCAAACUAUUGGUCAUUUGAUUACUGCUAUUUUCUACAAUUCUGGUGAAGUUUGUUGUGCAGGAUCUCGUGUUUUGAUCCAAUCUGGUAUCUACGACGAAGUUGUUAAGAAGUUCAAGGUUGCUGCUGAAUCUGUCAAAACUGGUAAUCCAUUUGAAGAAUCUACAUUUAUGGGUGCCCAAGCUUCUGAAAUUCAAUUAUCUAAGAUUUUAAAGUAUAUUGAAUUGGGUAAGAAGCAAGGUGCCACUGUUGUUACUGGUGGUGAAAGAUGUGCCGGUAAGGGUUACUUUGUCAAGCCAACCAUUUUUGCUGAUGUUCACAGAGAUAUGGAUAUUGUUAAGGAUGAAAUUUUCGGUCCUGUUGUUACAUUGAUCAAGUUUGACACUGUUGAUGAAGCCGUUGCCUUGGCUAACGAUACCGAAUAUGGUUUAGCUGCUGGUAUUCAUUCCACUGAUGUCAAUAAGGUAUUAAGUGUUUCUUCUAGAAUUAAGGCUGGUACUAUCUGGGUUAACACUUAUAACGAUUUCCACCCAAUGGUUCCAUUUGGAGGUUACGGUGCCUCUGGUAUUGGUAGAGAAAUGGGUGAAGAAGUUUUCCACGAAUACACUCAAGUCAAGGCUGUCAGACUUCACAUUAACAAGCCAACUGUUUAG